UGUCGGGAGAGGGAGGAAGUGGGGACUCCUUGAAAUAAAUUUGCAAAAGCACCGGGUUCAUUCAACCGAGGGCUCUGUUUUCAGGAUAAUACAGGGAUUUUCCUUGAACGUCCCGCAUAAUGUCGAAGAACACCGUGUCCGAUCGUUUCAGGAAGGUUGAUGUUGACGAAUACGAUGAGAAUAAGUUUGUCGACGAGGAGGACGGCGGGGAAAACCAAAUCGGUCCGGAUGAGGCGGAAGUGGACUCGCUGAUAAGACAAGGGAACAUGAUGAACGCUCUCCAAGCUGUGUUGAAGAACCCACCAAUCAACACAAAGAACCAGAAUGUUAAGGACCGAGCAGAGGGCUUGGUGCUAAAGGUCCUCAGCUCGUUCAAGAGCAGUGACAUAGAGAAGGCAGUGCAGUCACUGGACAAGAACGGUGUGGACCUCCUCAUGAAGUACAUCUACAAGGGCUUUGAGAAGCCCUCAGACAACAGCAGUGCUGUUCUGCUGCAGUGGCAUGAGAAGGCCCUAUCAGCUGGUGGAGUGGGCUCCAUAGUGAGAGUACUUACUGCCAGGAAGACAGUCUAAGCAGGCCUAGCUCCGCGUGCAUCACCAAAGGGAUUUGCUGGAACAAAGACCCAAACCUGGUGCCUCCGGGAUGCCGUGGAGGUUCUUUUAGGCUCUUCCUUGCUUUAUCUCUGCUUAUUUCAAGCCCCCAUCUCCACCCUCACCCCCAGAUACAACAAGCCACUAAGUUCCAUAUACUUCCCAACCCAAGUGCUCCUCAUAAUGGGAGUAGGCUGCAUUCUGUGGCAAGAAUGAACACCUCUCCAGAAGGUGCUACCAGAUGCUUUUUUAAAGAGAAAUAGAAGCUGCCAGAAAACAGGAUGUCACCUCAGAGGGACAGUGGCUCAUCUUGGCCCAAUGCACCCAACAGCUGUGAAACAUAAGAGACUCUCCUCUGAAACUCAAAGAAACCACGUUCCACCAACUGCAAAAUAGGAUUGGUUCGUUUUUUCCGCAUGAUUGGCCGGUCUACUGGGUUUCUUUGUAUUCCAGGAAAAUGCCCUGUCAGCCAUUCCUGGACAGUCCCACUGUGAAAAAAUACGCCUGAACCCCUUAUGCUGUCAGUGGAGGCCCCUUUUGUCAUGGGGUGCCCGUUGCACGUAUCUUAAGCUUCAUAGCAUCACUGUGAUGCACAGUACCAUCACAUUCAUUAGUAUUAGCAUCCAUAAUAUUAACUAACAAUGGAGGGUGUCAGCUCUGCUCCAUUUGUGUGGUAUUUGACAUGCAUUUGCUUUUUUGCCAUUGUAACAUGAAACAACACUUUCAUUACGUAAGCUUUUUCUGUAACAUAAAGCACCACCCAACUGUGCCCAUGUUUCAUUACUGUGUCAUGGUGACGUUCAUGCAGCCAAUGUACAGUUACCCUGUCGCUUCCACUAAAUGUAUCUAUAAUGCCUGUCUAUGCCGAUUGAUAGUCAGUUGUGUUAUUCAAGCCCGUUUUGAUCAAAGGGAGAGGGGAAGUUAUGGUCGGUAAUUGCGUUUCACUUUCCGGCAGUGGGUUAGAAGAUGACACUGAAGGAAUUGUCCGCUUAGUAUUACUUCAUUUCAUAACAUACGUUAGCCACUGAAACUUGUGACCUUGUGACCAAAAGUUUUUUUUAAUCUGACUUUUUGCUGAAAUGUCCUUUUGCUCAUUGAUUGCUUGCUUGAUUUCUUUCACGCAGAGUGCCAUUUUCAGUUUGAAUCAUUUCUGAAGCCUCCUUUUGCCCAGUACGGCUUGGCUGGAGUCAUGCAGAGAAAUGGUCUCUGCUGGACAGUGUGUUGAGGUCUGGCAGAACUCUGGUCAAACCGGAAGAAGGCGUAGGCCGAUGACGCCCACCGUACCCACGCAGUGAUCUAUACUGGUCUAGAGGGGCGUCAGUUAUUAGAUCAUGUCUGGUUUGAUCCUGCGGGAAAAUACGUCACUGUUCCAGUAACACCAUGGUUAACAGCGGUGUGUCGAACCGUUCACCAUUUCAGUUAUAAUCGACAAACAUCACAGUAAUGUCUCAAACUAACGUAAUUUUCAAAUGUAAUGGGCAUGACAGUGAUAUUUGAAAUGACCCUUCCUUUUCAGAUGUGUUAAUGCUAAAUAUGCAAGAUCGCUUUCAGCGGUGUGGUUUGGACCCUCGCUUAGCGCGUCUUGCCAAAAAUGCAUGCCGUCCCCCGCUGUGGAGAGGACGUGAACUGUGAGUUCAGUUCACAAGAGAACAGCAAGACACAGCAUCUGGAACCCAAGUACACUGGAUAAUGAACAUCGUUAGUUCAUUCUUUCGUCGGCAUUGCAGAUCGUAGGUCUGUCAGUGUGCACAAUACGAUGAUGUUUUGCGCUGAGGCUCCUAUGCGACAAAUCAGAGUUAGCCUCACAAUCAAGGAUGCCAGGAUUAUGGCUUGUGAGCUGCAGGCCAGCUGCUGGAAAAUUGACAUGGGCCUCCCACACUAAGUGAUUUCAUGGUUAGAAAUUAAUCUGAACGAACAAAAACCGGCAAAACCUUUCUGCUUCUAUGCCUUCAGUUACUGAUGAUCAUGGUUGAGUUCAUUAACAUUAUUGUCCUUUAAAUUUGUUCCUGGUGCAUUGUGGGCCAUGUGAAGUGCUGUGCACAUGAACAGGUGCUCUGUACUGUAUGAAACUGUGAUAACUGCCUCAGCCUUCAAGGAGAAAUUCUGCGUAAUGCAGUGUCGGGUGACGUCUGGUGAUUCCUGGAAAAUGACUUUGUCUGGAGGCCUUUUGUGUUUCAUUGCAUACAGUACGUGCUAACAUCCAUGCAUUGUCAAAACACCUUUCACUGUUGUUUUGUCACCAUAAUGUAUGCUGAUGUUGUCACUGACUUCAAAUGCACCAAACCAGUUUACAA